AUGGAAGCUCCUCAGAAGGCGCAUCGCGCCAAGACCUCGGGCGCCAAGGUGAACAAGCACAAGAAGAAUGCCGAAAAGAACAACCCCAAGGCCUUCGGUUUUCUGUCAGGAAGAAAGGCGGAAAAGGCAGCUCGUCGUAACCUGGAUAGGGACCAGACCAGGCUUCAUGUCCCUCUUGUGGAUCGCACGCCUAUGGAGGCACCUCCUGUAGUCGUUGCUGUUGUCGGACCCCCAGGGACAGGAAAGACGACGCUGAUCAAGUCCCUGGUCAAAAGAUACACCAAACACUCGCUUUCUGAAAUCAAGGGACCCAUCACCGUCAUCAGUGGCAAAAAGCGUCGCCUCACCUUUAUUGAAUGCAACAACGACCUCAACAGCAUGAUCGAUGUCGCCAAGGUCGCCGAUUUGAUUCUCCUGCUGAUCGACGCCUCUUUCGGUCUCGAGAUGGAGACCUUCGAGUUCUUGAACAUCUUGCAAACGCACGGAUUUCCAAAGAUUAUGGGAGUGCUGACACAUCUGGACCGCUUUAAGAAUAACAAGACGCUCAAGACGACCAAAAAGAAGCUGAAGCACCGUUUCUGGACGGAAAUCUAUCAAGGCGCCAAAUUGUUCUAUCUCUCAGGAGUCAUCAAUGGCCGGUACCCAAACCAGGAAAUUAUGAACCUCUCUCGAUUCAUUUCAGUCAUGAAGUUCAGACCCUUGAUCUGGAGAAACACGCAUCCAUACAUGAUCGCAGACCGUGUUGAGGAUUUGACCGACCCGGAGAUGGUGCGCCAGAACCCAACCUGCGAUCGUACGGUGACACUCUACGGAUAUCUUCGUGGAACCAACAUGAAGUCCGGCAUGCGGGUACACAUUCCGGGAGUCGGAGAUCAUUAUAUGGAGGACGUCAGCAUCUUGGCAGACCCAUGCCCACUGCCCGACAAAGUCAGGAAGCGUUUGGAUGAGAAGCAAAAGCUGAUUUAUGCUCCUAUGUCGGAUGUCGGAGGCAUCAUGUACGAUAAGGAUGCUGUCUAUAUCAAUGUCCCUGGAUCGUUUACGAAAAAGAGUCAGAUCGCCAAGAGCACCGUCACUGGUGGCAAUGGUUCAAGCGACGAAGAACAGGAGGAAGAUGAAGAGGAGCAGGACUAUGAGAAGGGUCAGGGUGAGAGGAUGGUCAUGAACCUGCAGGACGCUACCGACACUCUAGCCAGUCAGCUCGAGGAGAGUGAACUCCGGAUUUUCGCCGAUUCGGCGCCCAUGCGCGCAGGAGAUGUUGAGGAGGAUGAAGAAGAAGAAGACGAGAAUGACUACGAUCAGGAUGACGAGAGUGAAGAAGAGUCCGCUGGCAGGAAGGGCCCUCGUGAGCAAAAGGAGACUGACAGCAACGGACGUGUCCGUCGUCGUGCCGUUUUCGGAGAUGAGGACGACGAUGUCGAAAUGGAGAGCGGCGACGAGGAGGAGGAGGAGGAGGAGGAUGAGAACGAGGAAGAAGACGAGGAUGAAGAGGAGGAGGGCUAUGGUUCAGCAAACAGUCGCAGGAAAUACAAGUCCAAAUUCGAAGCCAAGCACAAGAUCGGAAAGAAGAACGACUCGGACUCUGACGGCGAGGAAGAUGUUGCCUUUGCGGAGAGUGACAGCGAUCUUGGCGAUCUGUCGGGCGAAGAAGAUGAGGAUGAGGACGACAGUGCGUUGCGGUGGAAGGACAACUUGAUGGCCAAGGCCGAAUCUGUAUUCCACUCCAAGCGUCGACCUAACUUGAUGCGCCUCAUCUAUGGCGACCGCAAAUACACACCGGAGCAGAUCAUUAGUGGAGAUAUUGAGGAGGCGCCGCUAAAGUUGACGGGUGACAAAGACGAGGAAUCUGACGAGGGCUUCGGAACUGGACCUGGCACCGGUGCUGAGGACGACAGCGAGGACGAAGGCGAUUUUUUGACGCUCAAAAAAGAGGAAUCCGAUACCGCUAUCGCACAGACGAUUGACUCGUGUAAGACCACAUUGGAGUUCAACGACCUGGAGGAGUGGGAUGACGAUGAAGUCAAGGAAUCCAUCCGCGAUCGCUUCAUCACAGGAUCUUUAGACGUACCUGGAGCUGGCGCUGGCGCAGGAGGAGACGAAGACGAGGCCUUUGGUGACUUUGAGGAUCUGGAAACCGGUGAGAAGGUCGAGGGUGGAGACGAAGAAUCCAGCACAAAGCUAGGCGAAGAAAAGUCGUACGAGAACAUGACUCGCGAUGAGAUUGCAGCCAAGAAGGAGCAGCUCAAGAAGAAGUUCGAGGCUGAGUACGGCGAUGAGGAUGAGGAAAAGAAGGAUUUUUACGAUGAAAUCAAGGGUGACAUGGCCAAACAACAGCAGAUCAAUGAGGCCGAGUUCGAGGACGACGACCCAAUGACCCGUGCCAUGGUCGAGGGCUUCCGUCCCGGAACCUACGUCCGCAUCCUCCUUAAGGACAUGCCCUGCGAGUUCAUUCAACACUUCCAGCCCGAGUACCCCAUCAUCAUGGGAGGUCUACUCCCUGCGGAAGAAAAUUAUGGGUUCAUCCAGGUCCGUAUCAAAAAGCAUCGUUGGCACAGAAAGAUCCUCAAGACCAACGAUCCUCUGAUCUUCUCGUUGGGUUGGCGCCGUGUCCAAACCAUGCCGAUCUACUCGCUGAACGACGGAACGCGCAACAGGAUGCUCAAGUACACCCCCGAGCACAUGCAUUGUCUUGCAACAGUCUAUGGCCCCAUCCACCCACCCAACACCGGUUUCUGCUGCGUACAAAGCGUUUCUGACGGCACUUCUUCAUUCCGAAUCUCGGCUACGGGGGUUGUUCUGGAUAUUGAUCACUCGGUCGAGAUCGUCAAGAAGCUGAAACUGACCGGUCACCCAUACAAGAUUCACAAGAACACGGCGUUCAUCAAGGACAUGUUUACGUCUGCACUUGAGGUCGCCAAGUUCGAGGGAGCCAACAUCCGGACAGUCUCUGGAAUCCGCGGUCAGGUCAAGAAGGCGCUCCAGAAGCCCGAUGGACAUUUCCGUGCAACAUUCGAGGAUAAGAUACUGAUGUCCGAUAUCGUCUUCCUCAGGGCGUGGUAUCCGAUCAAGCCCAAGAAGUACUGCAACCCUGUGACAUCGCUUCUCUUGGCGAAGAAGAAGGAGUGGCAGGGCAUGCGGUUGACGGGACAGGUCCGCCAUGAGAUGCAGAUGCAGACACCACAGAAUCACGACUCUGUGUACCGACCUAUAGAGAGAAUGACACGACGAUUCAAUACUCUCAAGGUGCCGAAAUCGAUUCGUGCAUCGUUGCCCUUCGCGUCCAAGCCUAAGCUAUUGCCGAAGCAGAGGAAGCCCGGUUUGAUGCAGCGUCGUGCUGUGAUGUUGGAGCCCGAGGAGAAGAAGAUCUACACGUUGAUGCAGCAAAUUAACACACUCAAGCACGAAAAGGAUCGGAAGAGGGCCGAGAAGGAGAAGGAGCGCAAGUCCGUGUACGAGAAGAAGAAGGCCAAGGAGACCGCCAAUUAUGAGAAUCGCGUCAAGCGCGAGCGCAAGGAGGUCUUCCGAACCCAGGGCAAGGAACAGAAGCGUCAAGCCCUCAAGGAGGCUGGAGGACGGAGGAAAAAGCACAAGGGCUCGGACGAUUAA